AUGUUGAAUCAAUAUCUGCGAGAUUUGAAACAAGAUUUUUUGUGCAUUACACAAAAAGAUGAAGCGGUGCUAAAAGAAUUUCUAUCAUUGAUGUGUUUACUCGCCGAAGCAACAAGUCGAACGCAAUCCCAAAACGGUCCGUCGAUUAGCAUGGCUGCACCGAGUAUCAUUGUCAUUUAUUUUGAUUUGAAAAACGAAUUAAAAAAUUGUGUUUACACGUCGUCAUUGUGCAAACGACUGAUUCAGUCAUUGAUUGAACGAUUCGGUGGCAUGCUUGAAUAUUUUGACAUACAAUUGCCGACCAAUCUUAAGAAGAAGGAAAUGUCGGAUUUGUACAAAGACAAAAUUUUUCUUCUAACGCCAUUCCUCGACGCGAACUUUAAACUGAAUUGGAUAUCAUCGUCAAUAUUGUCGGACGCCGUGAAAACUCGUCUAUGUGAAAACAUUAAAAAAAUGAUUUGUGAACUCGCCGUUCAAUUGCACCAAGAACACAAUCCGUCGACAACAAAUGAAAAAGGCGGUGGUGACAAAAUAGACAUUGGUGGCGAGAAAAACAUCGAUGAUGCUGACAACAUUUUCAAGCACAAAAGAAAAAGUUUAUUUUCUUAUUGUUCGUUAAAUGAAAAAAAGAAGUCGAAACUAGUCGAUGCGCGUCUACAAGUCGAAGCCGAAAUAUUUCAAUAUUUACAAGACGACAGCAAGGGACAUAUCCUCGAUCAACGAUCAUCGUACCCAUUGCUCUACGAACUAGCAAUUAAAUUGCUGAGCGUUCCAGCCACAUCUGCGCCGGUGGAGCGGGUGUUCAGUCACAGUGGAUUUUUAAUGAGAACACAAAGGGCCUCUCUAACAAAAACAAUGUUGUCAAAACUGACAUUUUUCAAAUGUAACUUUCAUUUGUUACUUUGA